UGGCUCCGCCCACAGUGGCGUCAUCACGGCCGUUAUUGCGCUCAGGCGUCUCGGCGCGCGAUUUAAAACCAACUCUGGAGACGCGGAGGAGAAGAUGGGACCUCCCUGCCCCGCCACAAUGAAGAACUCUCCUUCAGGGACCCGUGGAUGCCACCACAGUACCUCCUCACCUUCAGAGCAGGUGUUCUCCAUGGCCCUGCCCAGGAAGGCCCCUCUCAGUACUCCUGGCACCCCAGUCCUUGAAGACUUUCCUCAGAAUGACGACGAGAAGGAGCGGCUGCAGCGGAGGCGCUCCAGGGUCUUUGACCUGCAGUUCAGCACAGACUCGCCUCAUUUGCUGGCCUCCCCCUCCAGUAGGAAUGUUGAUGUUUCAGCUACGAUUCCUAAGUUUACAAACACACAGAUUACUGAGCAUUACUCCACCUGUAUCAAACUGUCUGCUGAAAAUAAAAUCACCACCAAGAACGCUUUUGGCUUGCACUUGAUUGAUUUUAUGUCAGAGAUUCUUAAACAGAAAGAUGCCGAACCGACCAACUUUAAAGUGGCUGCUGGCACUCUGGAUGCCAGCACCAAGAUCUAUGCUGUGCGCGUAGAUGCCGUCCAUGCUGAUGUAUACAAAGUCCUUGGUGGGCUGGGCAAGGAUGCACCAUCUCCGGAAGAAGAAGAGGGCCAUGGUGCAGAUGGAAGUGCAACCGAAACAGGAACAACCAAGAAGGCUCCAAAGCCAAGGAAGAAGCACUUGUACAAAACCAUCGAGCAGAAUAUAAACAACCUCAAUGUCUCCGAAGCAGAUCGAAAGUGUGAGAUCGAUCCCAUGUUCCAGAAGACGGCAGCCUCGUUUGAUGAGUGCAGUACAGCAGGGGUGUUUCUCUCCACCCUCCACUGCCACGACUAUAGAAGUGAGCUGCUCUUUCCCUCCGAUGUCCAGACUCUCUCCACUGGAGAACCUCUUGACUUGCCGGAUUUAGGUUGGGUGGAAAUGACCGAUUUAAAAGCGCCCCUGCAGCAGUGUGUGGAAGAUCGCCAGAUCUGCCCUUCCCUGGCGGGGUUCCAGUUCACUAAAUGGGACAGUGAAACGCAUAAUGAGUCGGUGUCGGCCCUGAUGGACAAGUUUAAGAAGAACGAUCAGGUGUUUGACAUCAAUGCCGAGGUGGAGGAGAGCGACUGCGGGGACUUCCCUGUUGGGGCCUUGGAGGACGACUUUGAUGCCAAUGAUGACCCGGACCACACCGCAGCUGGGGACCACACCGCAGCUGGGGACCACACCAAGUUCGGGAGCUGGAAGGAGCCCUGCCACGUUCAGAGCUGCCAAGAAGAAAUGACUCCCCUCGGGGAUGGAGACAUUUGGAGCUUGUGUCCCCUUCUAUCCAUGAAACCUGGAGAGUAUUCCUACUUUAGCCCCCGAACCAUGUCGAUGUGGGCUGGCCCGGAUCACUGGCGCUUUAGACUCCGGCACAAACAAGAUACUACCUCGCAAUCAGAGAACAGAAAGAAGAGCACAAAGAAGGAUUUUGAAAUCGACUUUGACGAUGAUAUUGACUUUGAUGUAUAUUUUCGAAAAACAAAGGCUGCUACUGUUCUGACCAAGUCCACUUUGGAGAACCAGAAUUGGAGAGCCACAACUCUCCCUACAGAUUUCCACUAUGAGACUGAAAAUCUUGUCCAGCUGCAUCUCAAACCAGGCACCAGGUUACUUAAGAUGGCCCAAGGCCAGAGGGCAGGGACCGAGCACUGUGAAGAAAUUGAAGACUAUGAUUACAACAACCCUAAUGACACCUCCAACUUUUGCCCUGGAUUACAGGCUGCUGACAGUGAUUAUGAAGAGUCAGAUGACUUAUUUGUGGGACCAGCUGGGACCUUUGACCAUUCUGGCCAUCCCCCUACGGCAACACAAGACAACGAUGACGCGCCUGAUGUCCAAGGAUUAGAUAUCACCACUUACGGGGAGUCAAAUCUGGUAGCUGAGCCCCAGAAGGUAAAUAAAAUUGAAAUUCAGUAUGCUAAGGCUGCCAAAAAGAUGGACAUGAAGAAGUUGAAGCAGAGCAUGUGGAGUUUGCUGACGGAGAUCCCCAAGCAGGCGGAUGCAGAGGCAAACCACAGAGAAAAUGGAGAAGCAGGGGACCCAGUACAGGUGGCUGACAAGAAGCUCAGUGGGCUCACAAAGGACCUGCAGAAGAGCCUGCCUCCCCUUAUGGCUCAGAACCUCUCCAUACCUCUGGCCUUUGCGUGUCUCCUACAUUUAGCCAAUGAAAAGGCCUGCCUGCUCCCGGUUUUUCACUCCCAUCUGGACUCGUCGUCUACCGCUCUGGUAACGAGCUCCCCCGCAGCUGUCGCCUGGGAGGUGAGGUUUGUGCUUUCCGUCUUUAGCAGGAGAGGAAGGUGCGCCACCACACCAUGCCGACCUCCAGCGCCAGGCAAGGGAGUGAUGGUCCUGGUGCAGUUAGUCUUCCGUGUGAGGAAGGGCUUCUGACGGCUGUUUAGUCCUGAGGGGACGGUUGCCUGGGGCUGGUGGAGGAUCCAGGGGAUGGGAGGCUCGGGGAGGGAGUGGGAGCAGGGAAAAGGCCUGUGCAGGGAUGGGAGGGAGAGCGUGGCCGUCAUGGCCAUCGCCAAGGGUUGAGGUUCCCGAGCAGUGAGGGAAGGGCCUGGAGAAGGUCAUGCAUGGCAGGGCUGACACACGUGUGCCAUGGCCCCUGGUGGCCUCCCUAUCACUUCCCACAGCUCCUUCCAGGGCCGAGAGCUUAGCUCUUAGACCGUUGACGGAGAUUGUUCCAGAAAUCAGAGCAGGCUUGCUUUUUUCCCCCUGCAGUUGGCAAGGAUUUGGAACCAGCUUUUUCAUGCAGAUUAUAUUUGCUGUGAAAGUUUUACUUAUAGUCAUGGGACAAACCUCGUUCUUUGUAGUCACCACCUUGUUACCUCAGAGUUUGUCUUCUGAUUCUUGUAUCCUGUGGAUACCAAAGUUCAUGUGUGUUUGAUCUUCCUUCAGAAUCUAAAGCUGGAAGGAACUGAGGAUCUUUCAGAUGUUCUGGUGCGGCAGGGGGAUUGAGUCCGCGGGGAGAGAAGCCCUUGCUUCCUCAGUGACCAGGAUGCCUGCACUUGGUGCUUCAGUGCCGUGGGCUGGUGGCAAGGCUGCGGCUGACUGCGCUGUGUGUCUGCUGCUCUUCCCUUCUCUCCUUCACUGUCUGGGAACCAGCUGCCUGACGCUCUGUCCUUGAUUAAAGUUUUCUGUUCUGUGGUGACCACCUAGGAGGGAGGAAAGGGUCCUUACUAUCCUUGAUUAGGCAACUGUGUCCAUUCUCUGUAUCCAUGUAUAGUUUGUCUCCUAAAUUGCUCUGUUUCCAUACUUUAUUCUUGUAGAAAAGAAUUUCCCAGUAGGCACUUGUCCUUUAACAGCUACCAAAUCCAUGUGUAUAAAAUACAUCAUAAGUGUGCUUAUAAAUGUUUAUAUAAUGCUUAAAAAUAAAAUCA